CUCUCGCGAGACUUCCCGCAGCUUUUUACGAGAUCAUCUGCAGCAACAAAUCGGCUCCAGAACCUGAAGACAAUCUGCACAUUUCUGCGGGUCAUGGAGGUCUCCUCUCACAGCAUCUUCCUGCUGCAGCAGCUUAAUGUUCAGAGAGAAUUCGGCUUCCUGUGCGACUGCACCGUCGCCAUCGGCAACGUGUACUUUAAAGCUCACCGGGCCGUGCUCGCCGCCUUCUCCAACUACUUCAAGAUGAUCUUCAUCCACCAGUCCAGCGAGUGUAUAAAGAUCCAGCCCACGGACAUCCAGCCUGACGUCUUCAGCUUCCUGCUCCACAUCAUGUACACCGGCGUGUGUCCCAAGCAGCCGGUGGACCAAUGCCGGCUGCAAGACGGCAUCAAGUUCCUACACGCCUACCAGCUGUGCCGCAAACCUGGCGAGGGCACCCCCGACGCCACGGCCGACAUGGUCCGCAUGUCCAACCUGUACGGCAUCCAGAUCUCCUCGCAGUUGGCCACCAAGGAGGCCGUGGGGGCCGCAAAGAGCGCCGACAGCGUGUCCCGUGGCGCCCAGGAGGACGGACGGAGGGGGCGGUCCCUCGCCAUCGGGCUGGAGGGGAUCCCGUCGGAGCGCCAGGCCGCCCUGCGCAACGUGUGCUCCGUAGCGUCCGGAGGCGACUCGGACAUCUCGACGCGCGUGAAGCAGGAGCGGGUGGAGGAGGAGGAGGACGGUGAGGAAGCCCAGGAGGCGGAGUCUCAGGGCAGCAGCCCCGGCUUCAGAGAACGAGCGCUGGCGUUGCUUUGUCCGCGCUGUGGCGAGCGUUGCUCCUCCCCCGAGGACCUACGGGAGCACCUGUUCAGCCACGCCCUCGACCCCACCUGCCUCGUGGAGGGGCUGUCGCAGGACGCGGGCGCCGAGCAGCAGCCGACGGUUGGCGCCGAGCAGCUGGACGCUGGCUGUCUGGAGGAGGCGCUGAGACAGAGCCAGGCACUCGCCAAUCAGCUGGCUGCUGAGCUGCGGAGGAGCAGAGGGGGGGCAGGGGAGGGCGGGGCCACGGCCGCCACCGCUGGCGUGCUGCACUCUCGUAAACGUAAGAUCGCCUGCGCUGUGUGCAGCAUGCGCUUCUCGCACAAGAGCCAGCUGCAAGAGCACAUGUACAGCCACACGGGCAAGCCCGCACGCCAUCAGCGGUACAACCGGCUCUGCAGCCAGCUCUGCCACGCCUCAGCACACUUCUGUGAGGCCGCCGUGGCCGCGGGCGAGGGUGGGGCCGCGGCCGGCGAGGGGGGCGGGCUCUGUGAGGACGCCAACAGAGACGCUCAGGACAACGGCAGCUCAUGUUACUCGCUGGACUCUGAAGUCUCCCAGGAGAGCGCGGACGGUGCAGCGGUGGAGUGACCACGUGUUGUAUAAAAACACUCCGGAUUAUGUCAUCAUCUGACGCAUUUUGUAAUAAGACCGUAAACGUAAUAUGGGUGCACCAUUCAGAAAAUAUCACGAUUUGAUUUUUAGGCUCACGAUUCGAUUAAAAAAACGAUUCUCAUUAUAUAAAUGUAGUUACUUUUCCCAUGUGA